UAAAAAGCGCAUGAGCCGCUGUUAUGUUAUGAGAGCAUUGCAGGACUGUCACUGCUACGGAUGAAAGGGCGCAACACAGUGGCAGCAUCUACACGCAACUCCGUCCUUACUUCAUUCUAUGCGCACUUGUGACAACUGGGACUGUUUUGCGAGAUCGGGAAGCAACUUGACAAAAUCAGCAACAAGUUUUUUUUAAACAUUUGUUGAGCCUAGCAUUCAUUGAUUCAGUCAAUUUCUGUAUUAUUUUUGCUGUCUUGGAGUAGAGUAAUUUAUUUGAAGAAAAAAAAGAAAUCAGUCCAGUAGACCUCUAUUCUAUUCAGACCGUUUGUUUCAUAAACAACACGGACAAUAUUAGUUUACAGGUCAUUUCGGUAGAUAGCCUAUUUAUCACAACUUUGGCUGCUAUAAUUCAUUUAAACCGCAGUAAAGCAAAAACGGUGUGUGUUUUCUAUACAAUAUUAUCUCCGUUCUCUCAUUAUCUUGCUCAUUGCCAUCGCGUUCAAGAUGAUGAAUUCUAUGGUCAUUUUAGCGGAAUUUUUCGUGGUCAUCUUGAAAGUGCUCUGGGCUUUUGUUACCGCCGGGGCGAAAUGGGUGGUGCGGCCGAAAGAGAAGAGUGUGGCGGGACAGGUGUGUGUAAUCACCGGGGCUGGAAGCGGCCUCGGCCGGCUGUUCGCCAAGGAGUUCGCUAGAAGACGGGCUGUACUGGUGCUAUGGGACAUCAACAGCAAAAGCAACGAGGAGACCGCGGAGUUGGUGAGGGAAAUCUACCGAGAGCUGGACAGUGAAUCCCCGAUGUCCAAAGAAGGAGCAAUAGCAGGGUUAGAGGAGGUGCUUCCGUUCAAGCCGCAGGUGUACACGUACGUGUGUGACGUGGGCAAGCGGGAGAGUGUGUACUCCACGGCGGAGAAGGUGCGUCGGGAGGUGGGCAACGUGGACAUAUUGAUAAACAACGCCGGCGUGGUCUCUGGUCACCAUCUCCUGGAGUGUCCUGAUGAGCUGAUCGAACGCACCAUGCUGGUCAACUGCCACGCACACUUCUGGACCACCAAGGCAUUCCUUCCCAAGAUGUUGGAGCUGAACCACGGUCACAUUGUGACGGUUGCCAGCUCUCUGGGGCUAUUCAGCACAGCUGGUGUGGAGGACUACUGCGCCAGUAAGUUUGGGGCCAUCGGCUUCCACGAGUCGCUGAGCCACGAGAUCAAGGCUUCGGAUAAGGACGGCAUUAAGAUGACGCUGGUGUGUCCCUACCUGGUGAACACGGGCAUGUUCGAAGGCUGCAGGAUAAGGAAAGAAAUCGAGCCAUUCCUGCCUCCCCUGAAGCCAGAGUUCUGUGUAACACAGUCGAUGAGGGCCAUUCUCACUGAUCAGGCUAUGAUCUGCACACCACGUAUAGUAUACAUGGUCAACUUCAUGAAAAGCUUCCUGCCCUUCGAGGCCAUCGUGUGUAUGUACAGGUUCCUGGGUGCUGAUAAGUGUAUGUAUCCCUUCCUUGCCCAGAGGAAGGAGCUGAUGAACAACAACGAGGCUAAGGGGGACAUCUAAGGGGGCGCUGUUGCCGCGGGGCCCAUAACCCUAGAGGCACAAGGAUAAGACCACUGAGGGUGCAUGGAGGAGGAGGAGGAGGAAGAAGAGGAUUUAAAAAGACUGAAUUUAGACUGGUGAACUUGCAUUGAGCAGAAUCAAAGGUCCUCUGAAACGAUACCAGCUGUGUACUACACAAAGGAUUUUACUUCUCUUAGUUUUUUUUUUCCAUAUUGUCUUUUUAUUUUAUUUUUUCUUCUAAGGUUUGUUUAAAGAAACCGAUGAUCUAUAUACUGUGUCAAUAGUUUUUUUUUUAAAUCAUAUGAAAAAAAGGUAUUAACUAUUUACGUAAUGUAGUCACCAACUUUUUAUUUAGUAUCUUUGUGGAAAUAUACAGUAUGUUACUGUACAGUAAAAUCUUGUCACUUUUUAGUUUCUCUUUUAUUUGUAGACAUGCACUGUAAUACUGCCUUUCUCUACACGGCCAAGUCUCUGUAGAAACGGUUCAAAAUGGCAUUUCAUCACCCAGACCAACGUGCAAAAUAAAUUUACACGUACAUGUUAUUCAAUCAUUGCACCAACACCGCUCACGUUUCUCAGCGAGCGUCUGGGUAGCCAGGCGCUAAAAGUAGAACUGCAAAUCCCGCCUCUCCCAUCUCCUCAUUGGUUUUUAGGAGCAUAUAACCAUGUGGGUGAUUGAAAGAUGAACUGAGGUCCAACACUCCAGUCCAGUUGGUGGCGGUAACCGAUUUAGUCCAUCUAUUUCAAACAGUUCAAAUUAGUUGUACCUACCGGCCAUUGAUUUGGGUAAAUGUAUCCGCCAAAAUGUCUCAUUAAUUUAAUGUGACUUGUUUCAGCAGUCUUUAUCACACUUCUGACGUAUUGCUGGCCCUAUCAAUCACCACAUCUUAAGACGUACACUACCGUUCAAAAGUUUGGGGUCGCUUAGAAAUGUCCUUGUUUUCCAUGAAAACAUGAAAUGAGUUGCAAUAUAAAAGGAAAUAUAGUCAAAAUGUUAACAAGGUUAUAAAUCAUUAUUUUUUUCCUUUAAAUAAUAACUGUGUCCUUCAAACUUUGCUUUUGAAUCCUCCAUUUGCAGCAAUUACAGCGUUGCAGACUUUUGGCAUUCUAGUUGUCAAUUUGUUGAGGUAAUCUGAAGAGAUGUCACCCCAUGCUUCCUGAAGCACCUCCCACAAGUUGGAUUGGCUUGGUGGGCGCUUCUUAUGUACCGUAAGGUCAAGCUGCUCCCACAGCAGCUCGAUAGGUUUGAGAUCCGGUGACUGUGCUGGCCACUCCAUUAAAGACAGCUGGUACUCUGACUGCUUCUUCCCUAGAUAGUUUCUUGCAUAGUUUGGCGCUGUGCUUUGGGUCAUUGUCCGGUUGUAGGAGGAAAUUGGAUCCAAUUAAGCCCCGUCCACGGGAUAUGACAUGGCGUUGCAAAAUGGAGUGAUAGCCUUUUCUUCUUCAAGAUCCCGUUCACCCUGUACAAAUCUCCCACUUUACCACCACCGAAGCACCCCCAGACCAUCACAUUGCCUCUACCAUGCUUGACAGAUGGCGUCAAGCACUCCUCCAGCAUCUUUUCAUUUUUUAUGCAUCUCACGAAUGUUCUUCUUUGUGAUCCAAACACCUCACACUUAGAUUCGUCUGUCCAUAACACUUCCUCCCCCCCCAAACUUCCUCUGUCCAGUGUCUGUGUUCUUUUUCCCCAUCUUAAUAUUUUCUUUUUAUUGGCCAGUCUAAGAUAUGGAUUUUUCUUUGCAACUCUGCCUAGAAGGCCAGCAUCCCGGAGUCGCCUCUUCAUUGUUGACGUUGAGAUUGGUGUUUUGCGGGUACUAUUUAAUGAAGCUGUCAGUUGAGGACUUGUGAGGCGUCUGUUUCUCAAACUAGACACUAUAAUGUACUUGUCCUCUUGCUCAGUUGUGCACCGGGGCCUCCCACUCCUUUUUCUAUUCUGGUUAGAGCCAGUUUGCGCUGUUCUGUGAAGAGAGUAGUACAAAAUACACCAUGACAGGGCAAUACACAUGGUGUGGAACAGUGGCAAAGGUACCCACAGGACAAACAGAAUAAUAUUAGUCUGAGGAGAGAUCUUCAGUUUCUUGGCAAUUUCUCGCAUGGAAUAGCCUUCAUUUCUCAGAACAAGAAUAGACUGACUAGUUUCAGAAGAAAGUUGUUUGUUUCUGGCUAUUUUGAGCCUGUAGUUGAACCCACAAAUGCUGAUGCUCCAGAUACUCAACUAGUCUAAAGAAGGACAGUUUUUUUGCUUCUUAAAUCAGAACAACAGUUUUCAGCUGUGCUAACAUAAUUGUAAAAGGGUUUUCUAAUGAUCAAUUAGCCUUUUAAAAUGAUAAACUUGGAAUUAGCUAACACAACGUGCCAUUGGAACACAGAAGUGAUGGUUGCUGAUAAUGGGCCUCUGUAUGCCUAUGUAGAUAUUCCAUUAAAACAUUAACAAUGUCUACACUGUAUUUCUGAUCUAUUUUAAUUGGACAAAAAAAGUGCUUUUCUUUCAAAAACAAGGCCAUUUCUCAGUAACUUCAAUCCUUUGAACGGUAGUGUAAUUCCAAUCAAACCAAUGAACAGCCCUUUUUAUCUAUCAGUGCGUGAUGUGUGUGAGGAGGAACUAUGUCACUAGCUGGUCUGUUUUCACGUCUUAGUUCAGACGUUCAGUAGUCUCCACCAUUUGCAUAAAGUGACAAGUGAAAAUGAAAACUUUGGUUGAUCUGUUUUGUGAAUACUGUACUAUAUUGUCCUUCGUGGAAAUGUUGACUGACACUAGGUUUGCAAAUUUCUGGCAACUUUCCCUGAAAAAAUCCCAAGAUUUUCAAGAAAUUCUGUUAAAAAAAAUAAAAUAAAAAGAUUUUUCCUGAUUUAAAGAGACAGUAAAUCAGAAUUGUCCAACCAGGGAAUUUGGGGGAAGUUAAUGGUCUCCGUAGUUUUUUUCUGCUUGGAUAUUUGAUCAACUUUAGGCGGGAUUAACAGGACUGCAGAGUUUUAUGAAUCGUUGAAAUACAUUCCAGUAGGCGUCAUUCCUUCAGUGAUGAGCCUAAAUUCUCUACCUCUUCAUUUGCCAUUCAUUGACAGUAUGACACAAGCCUCAUUUUGUAAUUCUUUCUUUAAAAAAAAAAAAACUGCUCUUUUAAGCAGAUGUGGUUCUGAUGUUUUUGUGUCUCUCUAACUAACUUAAAAUGAAUAAAGUGAUUUUUAGAUUAUUUGGUUAUUA